AUGGCGGAACGUGGAGGUGAACGCGGUGUAGAACGUGGUGGAGAACGCGGCGGUUUUGGUAGUGGAUUCGCCGGCGGUCGCGGUGGUGGAAGAGGAGGUCGUCGAGGCCGUGGUCGCCGUGGAGGUCGUGGUGCUCCGGAAGAGGAGAAAUGGGUACCAGUGACUAAGCUUGGUCGUCUCGUAAAAGAAGGUAAGAUCAAUCAGCUUGAGGAGAUCUACCUCCAUUCUCUCCCAGUCAAGGAAUACCAAAUCAUCGAUCUACUCGUCGGUCCUACUUUGAAGGACGAAGUGAUGAAAAUCAUGCCGGUUCAGAAACAAACCAGAGCCGGUCAGAGAACGAGAUUCAAGGCGUUUGUUGUAGUCGGAGACAGUAACGGUCACGUCGGAUUGGGAGUGAAAUGUUCUAAGGAAGUUGCGACGGCGAUUAGAGGUGGGAUUAUUCUAGCGAAAUUGUCUGUGAUUCCGAUUAGAAGAGGUUAUUGGGGUAAUAAGAUUGGUAAGCCACAUACUGUUCCUUGUAAAGUGACCGGAAAAUGUGGUUCUGUUACUGUGAGGAUGGUUCCGGCUCCGAGAGGUUCUGGUAUUGUGGCGGCUAGGGUUCCUAAGAAGGUUUUACAGUUUGCUGGAAUUGAUGAUGUUUUUACUUCUUCCAGAGGAUCUACCAAAACCCUUGGAAACUUUGUCAAGGCGACCUUCGACUGUCUUCAGAAGACUUACGGAUUCCUUACGCCCGAAUUCUGGAAAGAGACGAGAUUCGUGAAAUCACCAUUCCAAGAGUAUACUGAUAUCUUGGCUGCUAAGUCUACCAGCGCCAAGGUCAUCACCGAAAUUGAAGAGCAAACUUAA